AUUGCAGACGCAAACUUUUCAAAUCGAAAGUGGGAAGAGCGAUUUAGUAUUUUCAGAUCUGAAAAAAUGGAGUCAGGUGCUAAGGUAGGCAAAGGAGGGCGAAAGGGAGGCGCAAAAAAGAAAAGUGUGUCGAAAUCUCUCAAGGCUGGCCUUCAAUUUCCUGUGGGAAGAGUGGCCAGAUAUCUGAAAAAGGGCAGAUAUGCUAAAAGGGUUGGAUCUGGCGCCCCCAUUUACAUUGCAGCUGUAAUGGAGUACUUGGCUGCAGAAGUUCUGGAGCUCGCUGGAAAUGCCGCCAGGGACAAUAAGAAGAACAGAAUCAUUCCCAGGCAUAUUCUUCUGGCUGUGAGGAAUGACGAAGAAUUGGGGAAAUUGUUGGGCGGAGUGACCAUUGCUCAUGGUGGAGUUUUGCCUAAUAUUCACCAGGUGCUUCUGCCCAAAAAGUCUGCAGCUGUUUCGGAGAAGGAGCCCAAAUCUCCCAAGAAGAAAUGAGGGAUUGUGAAUUUCAGGUUUAUGGUUUAAAUGGUGUUUUGUAACACCACCUUUUUGUUUAUUUGUUAUCCAUUCUUUUCUGGCUGGUUAGGGUAUGUUGUUGUAGAUCAAGCUGCUGGUAAAUGUGUUUCAGAGGCGUAAGCAUGCGGUAAAAGCGCAGAGAGUGUAAAUAGAAUGAUUAUGAGGCUUGGAUUUGUUAAUUUGUGUAUUAUUGAAGAACUGAUCUGCUUUUUCAACCAUAAUGAUAUAAAAUAGUAAAGUGAUAAGUUAAAGAAAAAAUCAAAUUAUCAUA